GCAACUACAAAACCAUUUUUUUACCCGCCAAAACCCUCCCUCUUCCUCCUCUGUCCAAAAACAGUGAACCCAUGGCGACGAUCAAUCUUCUUCUCUCUUUUCUCUGCAUUCUCACCACCACCGCCCUUUCACAACCAACCAUUGCUCCGCCGCACUCUCAAGAACCCAUCGAUGCCGCCUCCCCCAUCUCUCCAGCCUCUUCUUCUCCUCCUUCAAUCUCCCCAACCCCACCACCGGCCUCAAUCCCACCCAAGACUCCUCUCGUCCCUGCCCUCUUCGUCAUCGGCGACUCCUCCGUCGACUCCGGCACCAACAAUUUCCUCGGGACUUUCGCACGCGCCGACCGCCUCCCCUACGGCCGCGAUUUCGACACGCACGAGCCCACUGGGCGGUUCUGCAAUGGCAGAAUCCCAGUCGAUUAUAUUGCACUGCGGCUUGGGCUUCCUUUUGUACCCAGUUUUCUUGGGCAGACUGGAAGAGUGGAAGAUAUGCUUCAUGGAUUGAACUUUGCUUCUGCUGCUGCUGGAAUUAUAUUCACCAGUGGGUCAGAAUUGGGUCAACAUGUUUCCUUGUCUCAGCAAAUUCAGCAGUUUACAGAUACUUACGAGCAGUUUGUGUUGAGUAUGGGGCAGCAAGCUGCGAUUAAUCUCAUCUCGAAUUCUGUGCUCUACAUUUCAAUCGGAAUCAAUGACUACAUACAUUACUACUUGCGUAAUGAGUCGAACGUGCAAAAUCUCUAUUUGCCCUGGAGUUUCAAUCGAUUUCUAGCAUCCACAGUGACGCAGGAAAUCAAGAACUUGUAUAGAAUUAAUGUCAGGAAGGUGGUUGUGAUGGGUCUGCCACCUAUAGGUUGUGCUCCUCACUACUUAUGUGAGUACAAAGUGAAGGAUGGACAAUGUGUUGAGGAGAUAAACAACAUGGUAUUGGAGUUCAACUUUAUCAUGAGGUAUAUGAUUGAAGAGCUAAGUGAAGCGCUUCCGUAUUCCCAUAUCAUCUUCUGUGAUGUGUUCCAAGGAUCCAUGGAUAUGUUAAAGAACUCUGAACGUUACGGUUUCAAAGUCACCACCGAUGCUUGCUGCGGAUUAGGCGACUACAAGGGUUUUCUCAUGUGCUUAUCACCAGACAUGGCUUGCAGUAAUGCAUCUGACCAUAUCUGGUGGGACCAAUUCCAUCCAACUGAUGCAGUUAAUGCCAUUCUGGCUGAUAAUGUCUGGAAUGGCCUGCACACGAAAAUGUGCUAUCCAAUGAACUUGGAGGAUGUGGUAGCCAAUACAUACUAAAGAUUGGAAGGAGAAGCUGGAACAAUCACCAUACUGUCCAGGCACCAAGGCUCCAAUGGAGAAGUGUAAAGUUUGUCCUGAAAAAUCUUUGAUACUUGUUACACAAACUACUGACAAAACUAAUGCACGGCACCUGCUCGGAAUCAUUACUAGUUAUGCUACAUUUCGGAACACAAAUGACAGUACCAAAUUUUUGACGGUUGUAUUUAGAUUACUGCAUGGUAAUGAAAUAGCGGAUUAGAAAUUGUACAGAGGUUUUUACCAUCAUACCAUGGUGGAUGUCAAACAGGCCCAGACAGCAUCACUCUGGCUUUGUUGUCAAAUAAUGUUGACUCUGAUUUUCG